UUUAUUUAAGAACGAUAAACAAACCUAGGUGCUUUUAUUAGAAAGGUGUAUCGUGUAAUCUCCUAAUUUUCAAGAUAUGUUGACUUCUUGCCUUUUAAUUUCUAUUAUCCGCGUUCUCUUGCUUGCAAUACUAAAUGUGAGAGCAGAAAGUUUUAAUUUUUCAAAUAUGACUGAAGCCUAUUUGAGUAAAAAAGGAGGGCGCUACGACAUAGAAGGAUUACUUAUAAGCAAAGACGACCCCCCUAUCGAGGAAACAAAUGUUAACGUAGAUGCCAAGCUACCUUUGGUUGGAGUCAACGUUUCUCUUGCGAUUAACAAAACUAAUGAUACUUUAACAGUUGAAGUGCCUAAACCUGUAAUUCCUGUCAUCGAAGGGGUUUGGGAAAGUGGUGUGGAGGUAGGAUUAGAGAAUGAGGAGGACGAUUUAAUCGAUUGGAGCGAGUUUACUUUACCCGUCUUUAAUCCUUCAGUAUCAGCAUCAGCAACAAUAUGUCCUUCUUUUACACCUUUGCCUGAUCCUUCAUUAGAAGUUGCAGUAGGAUAUGAAAAAAAUUUAUUAACUUUGCUCAAUAACUUUUGGCAAAUAAUUGCAAAAGGGAUCUUUUACAAAUUUGGUGAUUUCGAGCUAGAAGUCCCCUGCAAGUCUUAUUGGAAAAAGCCAUGCAAAAAAAUAUAUGGCGUAUGCACCAGGCAGUACAUAAAACUGAAUCCGCUCUUACUUACUGAAUGGGACACGAUAAAAUUGUCAUUAUCGGGGAAAUUCUCUUUCAACGAAGCUGUUCAAAACUCAGUAUGUCCUAAACUUCCCGGAGGGCUGUUUACUUAUAAGACAGCAGCCAGUAGUCUGCUUUCAAUCCAUAACAGUCAGCCCUUUAAGAUACGCUAUGAUUCAGCCUCCGUGUUUGCAAACUGUGAAAAUAGCUUAAUUUCAAAGCUUGUAAAAGUGGCUACCAUAGGUUCUUUUACUUGUGAGUUUAACUUUCGCAUUCAGCUUUCCGUAGCAGGUUGCUUAACUGUUUGUGAUCCUGUUUCUAAGAAAGCGGUUUUAUCUAGUCUUAAAAUUGGAGAUAUGGUGGAAAAUCUGACUCAUAUGAGUAUCAACUGCAAUUUUAAAAAGUUAUCACUAGCUAAAGAGUUAGAAAAGGCAAUAAAGACAAGUUUGAAGAGAGUAGUCUUUAAAGAUAUAUGGAAUCUACUUGGCCAAAAGAUUGACUUAUUUUUAGAAGCAAGACUAAAAAGCAGUUUUGGCACUUUCUAUAAUUUGAAGGAUCCCUUUGCGCUAAGAGCCGGAAGUUGUGCACGUAACCGCCAGACCAUAAAAGUGCGAUUGGUACCGACGGGGAUCGAACCCGGGACCUUGAGAUUACGCGACAAUGCUCCUACCACAACUCAAACCCACGGUCGAUGA